AUGGCGGGCAUAGGGGCCAUGAUUGCCGCAGCACUUUUGAAGGAGGUGGUGCAGCGGAUUGGUUCGUUGGUGGGAGGUCAGAUCAAGCUGCAGCAGAACUUGGACAAGGACCUGAACGAGAUGAAGGCUACCCUUGAGUCCAUUGAGGCGCUCCUACAGGACGCUGAGCAAGCCAACACCAACAAUUCCAUGCGUUUGUGGCUCAAUCGUCUCAAGGACGCCAUGUAUGGCAUUGGCAUCGCCGACAUGAUUGAUGAUUUUGAGGCUGAGCCAACACGCAAGGUAACUCUUAACCAUGCUUCUUCUUUUUUCUUUUUCCUUUUUUGCGAAAAUACCCUGUAUUAA